AUGCCCAUAAUUGUUCCCACCGAAAGUGUGGGUUCCCUGCCGCGUCCCAUGCCCCAGCCUGACGUCAUCCCAGAGCUCCAGCAGACCUACGCCGAUUACGAUGCUGGUCGCUGUACCAAGCAGGAUCUGCUCGAUGCCCAGGACCUGGCCGUCCAGGAUACCAUUGAGCGCCUGGAGCGCAGUGGCCAGGACUUUACCACCGACGGCGAGCAGCGCUGCAGCUCCUUUGCGACGUACCCUGUCACAGACACCCUCAAUGGAACAGGCCUCAGCCCAAACCUCACCGUCGACGACCAAUGUUUUACAAUCACCUUCCAGGAUGGCCACACGCGUACACUACCCCGUCUCCUUUCCGGGCCCUUCCGCUACCAGACAUACGCAUACGACAACUUCAGGGCAUCUCUUAAGUAUGCCACGAAAAAGCGCAUGAAGGUUGCUGUCAUCGCACCGUCGAUGAUGUACCUCCUUUACGUCGGCGAAGUGCCCGGAUACUCCAAGGAACAGUUUAUGCAGGACAUUGUCGACGAGUGCGUCAAGGAUAUUCGCGGUUGCUUCGAGGCCGGUGCGGUGCGUGUGUCGAUUGACUUCACCGAGGGUCGGCUCGCGUGCCAGGAAGGAUCCCCGCCCAAUUUGAUCGACGUUUUCAUCAAGCUGCUGGACGACGUAUUAUCGCACUUUACCCCUGAGGAACGCGUCGACAUUGGCCUGCACACGUGUCCUGGUGGCGACUGCGACACUCGCCACUCGGACUUCCAGUCAUACUACUCGCUGAUGCCGAAGCUGUUAAAGGUCCGAGUGGGCUACUUCCUGAUGCAGAUGCGGUCGGAGCCGGAGAAGGAGACGCUCUACAAGCUGAUAGGGAAGCACCUGGAACCCAAGCUGGACGGCGUCAAGCAGAUUGUCUUCAUCGGCUGCGUCGACCCGCUGACGCCGCACGUCGAGAAGCCCGAGUCGAUCGCCGACCAGCUGCUCGAAGCCAGCUUCUACAUCCCGCGCGACCAGCUGGGCGCCACGGACGACUGCGGCUUCUCGCCCUUCAACAACGACCUCAAGCCCAAGAGCUGGAGCCCGAAUUUCGGACGCGACAUCGCCUUCAGGAAGAUCAAGGCGCGGGUCGAGGGAGCCAAGCUGGCGAGCGAGGAGUUUGAGCGGUUGGAGAGGCAGUCGAUAAUAUUAAAGGCCAGGGCGAAGUCGAAAUCUCCGCCGCCGAGAUGA